AUGGAUCCACAAAAACUGACUGAAUUGUUGCGUGCAACAAUUGAUCCAAAUGUGGAACAGAGGAAGGCAGCUGAAGAACAAUUGUCGCAGAUACAUAAAAUCAUUGGCUUUGUGCCGACUAUUUUGCAAAUUGUUAUGCAAAAUAAUUUGGAGCAACCGGUGCGUCAAGCUGGAGCUGUUUAUCUUAAAAAUCUUAUAACAAGCAGUUGGGCCGAUCAUGAGGUUAAACCCGGUGAACCAAUACGUUUUUCAAUACAUGAACAGGAUCGCGCAAUGAUACGUGGCUCAAUAGUGGAUGCCAUCGUACACGCCCCCGAUUUAAUAAAGAAUCAAUUAGCGGUCUGCGUUAAUCAUAUAAUCAAAAAUGAUUUUCCUGGACGUUGGACUCAAGUAGUUGAUAAUAUUAGUAUUUAUUUGCAAAACCCGGAUGUGAACGCUUGGAGCGGUGCACUAUUAACGAUGUAUCAAUUAAUCAAGACUUACGAGUAUAAACGUUCCGAGGAACGUGUACCUUUAAAUGAGGCCAUGAAUUUAUUAUUGCCCAUGUUAUAUCAAUUAAUGGUUACCCUCAUGAAUGAUCAAUCGGAGCAAUCGGUGCUAUUGCAAAAACAGAUUUUGAAAAUCUAUUAUGCCUUAACACAAUACUCCUUGCCCCUGGAUUUGAUAACGAAGGAAAUGUUCUCGCAAUGGAUGGAAAUUUGUCGGCAAGUCGCCGAUCGUACUUUACCCGAUUGCUCGCAUUUGGAUGAUGAUGAGAAACCGGAAUUUCCAUGGUGGAAAACCAAAAAAUGGGCUUUACAUAUCAUGCUACGUAUGUUCGAGCGCUAUGGCAGUCCUCGUAGCGUCGUUAGUGAAAAAUAUGAGAAAUUUGCUGAUUGGUAUUUACCGACAUUUACACAAGGUGUUCUGGAAGUUAUGCUAAAGAUACUUGAUCAAUACCGUAACCGCAUUUAUGUUUCACCUCGGGUGCUCUCUGAUGUUCUCGCUUAUCUCAAAAAUGCAAUAAGCCAUGCCUACUCGUGGAAAUUAAUAAAACCUCAUAUGUUAGCUAUUAUACAAGACGUGAUAUUUCCUAUCAUGUCCUUUACCGAUAGUGAUCAAGAAUUGUGGGAAACUGAUCCGCAUGAAUUCAUACGUUUGAAAUUUGAUAUAUUUGAAGACUAUGCUACACCGGUACCAGCUGCCCAGUUAUUAUUACAUUCAUGUUGUAAAAAACGCAAAGGCAUUCUACCCAAAACGAUGAACAUUAUAAUGCAGAUAAUUACCUCACCGAACGCCGAUAAUAAACAAAAAGAUGGUGCCUUGCAUAUGAUUGGCACAUUGGCUGAUAUACUAUUAAAACGACGCAUUUAUCGUGAUCAGGUGGAGACGAUGCUUACUACGCAUGUUUUUCCUGAAUUUCGUAAUCCGGCUGGUCAUAUGCGUGCACGGGCCUGCUGGGUAUUACAUUAUUUCUGUGACAUUAAAUUGAAUAAUCCUCAUGUUUUGGCCGAAAUUAUGCGUUUAACCACUUAUUGCCUUUUGAAUGAUAAUGAAUUGCCGGUUAAGGUGGAGGCUGCAAUUGGCUUACAAAUGUUCCUAAGCUCUCAAAAUGAGGCUGCCCCGUUUGUCGAAAAUCAAAUUAAGGAAAUUACCAAAGAGCUCUUAACAAUUAUACGUGAAACGGAAAAUGAAGAUCUGACCAAUGUAUUGCAAAAAAUUGUUUGUACAUUUUCGGAACAAUUACUGCCAGUAGCCAUGGAAAUCUGCCAACAUUUAGCAACCACAUUCAGUCAGGUAUUAGAAUCCGAGGACAGUGGAGAUGAGAAAGCGAUUACGGCUAUGGGUUUACUAAACACUAUCGAGACUUUACUAACCGUAAUGGAAGAUCAUCCGGAGGUUUUAAACAAUUUACAUCCCAUUGUUAUAAAUGUGGUGGGACAUAUAUUUCAAAAUAAUAUCACCGAUUUCUAUGAAGAGACUUUCUCAUUGGUUUACGAUUUAACUGCUAAAUCAAUAUCAGCGGAGAUGUGGCAAAUGCUAGAGCUAAUUUAUCAGGUUUUCAAAAAGGAUGGCAUGGAUUAUUUUAUUGAUAUCAUGCCAGCUUUGCACAAUUAUGUUACCGUAGAUACACCAGCAUUCCUCUCGAAUCCCAACCGUUUAUUAGCAAUGUUUGAUAUGUGUAAAUCCAUGUUAACUAGCAAUCCUGGUGAAGAUCCCGAAUGCCAUGCAGCAAAGUUAUUGGAAGUUAUUAUUUUGCAAUGUAAAGGGCAAAUCGAUUCCGUUAUACCAAUGUUUGUUGAAUUGGCUUUAUCGCGUUUAACGCGUGAGGUGCAAUCAUCUGAAUUGCGUACCAUGUGUUUACAGGUGGUUAUCGCUGCUUUGUAUUAUAAUCCGCAGUUAUUACUGUCCAUUCUGGACAAGAUGUCAGAGCCAAAUAAUGAACCUAUAGCAUCACAUUUUAUAAAGCAAUGGUUGCACGAUGCUGAUUGUUUCUUAGGUAUCCACGACCGCAAGCUAUGCGUUUUAGGUUUGUGUACAUUAAUCUCAUUGGGUGAAGCUAAACCGGCUGUAUUGAGUGAGGUAUCUGGUAAAAUUAUCCCGUCUCUAAUUUUACUUUUUGAUGGUUUAAAACGUGCCUACGAAUCAAGAGCUCAGGAAGAAGAAGGCGAAGAGGAAGAGGAAGAUGAGGAAUGUGAAGAAGCCUUGUCAAGUGAUGAAGAUGAUAUAAGAGAAUUUUCUUCGGGUUAUUUGGAGCAAAUUGCUGACUAUAGUAAAACUAAAGCCGCCGAGGCUGGCUUUGAUAUGAAGGCUGAAAUUAAAGACGAAGACGACGAGUCGGAUGAUGAAGAAGAAGAAUCACUGGACGAUCUAAAUGAAACCGCCUUAGAGGCGUUCACCACACCUAUCGAUGACGAAGAAGCGGACAAUGCCAUCGAUGAAUAUGUCACGUUUAAAGAAGUUAUAACAGCGCUUUCAAAUCAAGAUCAAGCAUGGUACGCUGUAUUAACUUCUGCUUUGACAUCGGAACAAGCAAAAUCAUUGCAAGAGGUUGUUGUAACCGCUGAUCAACGUAAAGCAGCCAAAGAAUCAAAAUUAAUAGAGAAACGUGGUGGUUUUGCAUUUACCCAACAAACGGUGCCCACUUCUUUUAAAUUUGGCUCGUAAUGGUCACCUAUGCCACCACCACCAUCGUGAAAGCAACAGUUUUUUGAGAAAAGCAUUUCCUUCCAAUAUCAUGUAUAACAAUAUGAAACAAAAAAAAAAAGAAAAAAAAACAAAAA